AUGGCAAGUGAAAGAACUCCCCUUUUAUCCUCUAGGCCAUCAGGCUUAUCGGCCUCAAGACCUCCAAUCGAAUUAACAGAUGAUGAAGUAUUGGCACAAGAAUCUGCCUUUUCAGCAUAUAGAGAUGCAACUCAAGGUGUAGACCCAAACAGUUCCGCUUUCGCACCUCCAGAUCAAUCUCACUUUUCCAUCAAUGCAAGUGGAUUGGCUCACGGAAUGGCAGCAGAAGAAGCAACUCAAAUCGCAGAAGAACCUGCUCUUCGUGCUGAUAUCUUGAUUAUCAUGGGCUCCAUGUGGAUCGGAACAUUCUUGGCCGCUGUUGAUGGUACAUGUGUUGCAAGUAUUAUGGGAACAAUCGGAAGUGAAUUCAAAACAUCAAAAGAAAUUCAAUGGAUCGGAACUUCUUAUCUCCUCACCCAAACUGCUUUCCAACCUUUGUACGGUCGUUUCAGUGACAUCUUUGGACGCAAAACUGCAACUCUCUUUGCUUCCUUCUUUUUCGCCCUUGGUUGCUUGUUAUGCGGUCUUGCACAAUCUUUCUGGCAAUUAUGCAUCGCUCGUGCAAUCGCCGGUAUCGGUGGAGGUGGUUUGACUACCAUGUCAACAAUUGUCACUUCCGAUCUAGUCAGCUUGAAAGCAAGAGGAACGUGGCAAGGUCUAGGAAAUUUGGUCUACGCAGCAGGUGCAUCUUUCGGUGCACCUCUUGCUGGUGCUUUUGUAGACACAGGCUUGGGUUGGAGAUGGGCUUUCUUGAUCCAAGUACCUUUGUGCAUGGUUCACUUUGCUGUUGUUUCAUGGAAGGUCGACAUUCCCGCCGGUCCAGGAUCCAUCACUGAAAAGUUGAAGCGUAUCGAUGUCUUUGGCGCAAUCACUUUGGUCGGCUCAGUCACGUUGAUCAUCCUUGGUUUGAGCUUGGGUGGAAAUGUACGUGAUUGGGACGACAAGGUGGUUUUGGGAAGUUUGAUCGGUGGAUUUGUUAUCCUCGUUCUAUUUGUUUUGGUGGAAAAGUAUGUCGCCCGUGAGCCAUUGAUGCCGAUGCAAGUGUUGUUCAGACGCACGCCCGGAUUUGUUGCUUUGGCUUGUUGGUUCUUGACAAUGAGUCAGUUCGGUAUCAUCUUCAAGAUUCCCCUCUACUUCAAUAUUGUAGAACAAACCAGUAAAUCCUACGCAGGUCUGCACUUGAUUCCCAACGCAAUCAUCGCAAGUGCUUGCAGUCUUUCAAGUGGUUUGAUUAUGGCUCGUGUUGGUCGUUACAAGGCCAUGUUGACUGGCUUUGGUAUUUCAGCCGUUGCUGGACCACUAUUGAUGUGUUUCUGGAAGCAAGGAUCUACGCCUGAAUGGCUUUAUUGGUUGACAAUGCCAUGGAACGGUGCAGCAUACGGAGGUGUAUUGACUAUCACACUUGUUGCUUUGAUUGCAUCAAUUGAGCCAACGAUGAUGGCAGCUGCUACGGGUGUUACUUACCUAUUUCGUGCAACUGGUUCAGUUUUAGGUAUUGCAUUGACAGAUGUCAUCUUGCAAAACUCUCUUCAACGCAAGCUUUACCAAACAGGUUUGCCUAAAAAGGUAAUCAAUGCUAUCCGAACUGAUGUUGAUAUUAUUAACACAUUGCCAAAAUCACAAAAAGUUCUCGCAAUCGGUGCAAUGGAAGCCUCUUUCCAUCAAGUGUUUAUUGCAAUCACAAUUGCCGCUUUCCUCGCAUUUUUGAGUCUUUUGCCUAUUCAAGAAUUUUCUUUACCAGGCGCAAAGAAUGCUGCUCCUGCACCUAGCACUUUAACAAGGCAACGUGAAGAAGCAAUUGCCGAAGAGGAGGAUGAACAAUAAUAUAUCUGUCGUGGAUCACUUCUAUACAUGCUUACUACCUUUGCAAAUUUUGUCUAAAUUACAAUCCUGUUUCCAUUCAAUUUGAUCUGAUCAAUGUCUCGGAUCAUACUUAAAAAAACAUUACAUGCAAUAAUUACCCUUUGUGACCUCGAACGCUUAUAUCUUAAUUAGCAACUUUUCCUUCUGUAUUGUUCUCACAAAGUAUAAAGAUUGUUCCUUUUGCGGAUAGUUUUGUAGUAGUAAAAAGCCUCGGGCACAGGCGAGUGCGCUGCAUAGAAUUUUCGAAUCUCUCACUACCUUGAG